CCUAAACCCUCGCCGUUUCUUCUACUUCUCUCCGGUUCUCCACCAUCUGCCGUCAGCCCCGCCGCCUCGCCUCCUUCCGCCGCCGCCGCCGCCGCCUGUCUCCUCUCCCGAUUCCCUCCGCACCCCCGUCUCGCCCUGUCGCCGCCAGUCCCGGCCGCAGAUCUCGCGCAGGGGCCCUGCCGCCCUACUCCGGACGCCUGCCGCGCCACGCAGUGGACGCACUUGCACUCGCACAGAGCAAGAAGCCAGCAAGUGCCCAGUGAAGUGAACAAGGUGAGGAUUAACGAAUUUAUCCUUAUUUCGUGAAUAUGUCACUGCAAUUUGUAAUUACUUAUGGAUUUAUGGAUUUGUGAGCAUCCUUAUGAACUUAUCAAUGCCAUUUGUUGUUUUAGAACUUUAUUAUCCUUUAUUUAUUUCAAAUGUUCCCACUUUGAAAUGUUGAUCAUUUAGAACAGAUAGAUCAGUAUAUGCGUUGAGCAAUUUCAAGUUAUAAACCAUUUGCAUUAUCGGUACUCAAUUAUGUGCUACUAAUGUGUAAUUUGGACUGUCAAAUAUAUGUUGAACAAUUUCAAUUUAUGAACCAUUUAUAUUAUCGGCUAUGGAUACGAUACGUAUCGGAUACGCACUUUCCCAAAAAAACACCGAUGAGAGGAUACGGCUAGAUUAAUUUAGUAUUAAUAAUUAUAUAUAUAAUAUUAAUUGUCCAAAAAAGAUAAAAACGACUUGUUGGGCUAGCAGUCUAGGAGUCCUUCCACAUGGGCUGGCCCAUUUGGCCCAGUAGGAUUCAGCUUAGAGCCACAUCUUUGCCUUUCUCCUCCCAGAAGGAAGCAACGCCGCCGCCAGCUGAGCAUGAGUGAAGGCGCCGUCGCCACCCAGCUCCCGCCCAGGCUGGGUUGCCCGUCGCCGCCAUGCUCGCCUUCUCCCGCCCAGGCUGCGUUGCCCCCGCUUGCUGGUCACCGCCGUGCUUUUCUUCUCCCUCCAGCCCCGCUCUACUCCCUCUGCAUCCACCAGUGGGCCGGUGGGACACCUGCCCGUGCCAUCGGUCGCUGUCGGGCGCCUGCCUGUGCCAUGGGCGGCCAUGGCGGCUGUUGCCCUCACAUUUUUUUUUCAAUAAUACAUGAUGCUCUUUGAUGGGCGGGCUGCUGUGGCCAUGGACUUGCUACUGCUGCAAGGGAGGGGCGGCCGACUAGGACUAGCUGCUGCGAGAGAGAUGGGCGGCCUGCUGCAAGGGAGGGCGCGACCGGCUGGAGGAGGCAGCGGCUGGGAGACGCCCGGAUGGAGGGAGACGUGACCGAGAGACGGCGGCGUCGAUUAAUCACGGAAGCGGAAACGGUUCAAGCGGAAUUAAUCUUGUGGGCCCAUAAUUUCUCAUAUUUAAAAAGUAAAAAUAGGAAUUUUUUGAAAAUUAUCUCUUUUUUUCCUCUCCGUACCUAUUUAAUGAGUUGGCAAAUUUAGAGAAGAAAAAUUAGCUUUAAGUUUCGAUCUCUCGACAUGGCGGCGGCCGGCCAUUGCGUGUUUUUCGACAUCACCAUCGACGGCAACCCGACAGGCCGGAUCGAGAUGGAGCUGUACGCUAACCUAGCACCCUUGGCGGCAGAAAACUUCCGCGCCCUCUGCACCAGUGAGAAGGGCAUGGGGACGAAGGGGAAGCUGCUCUGCUUCAAGGGUUCCAUAAUCCACCGCGUCGUCCCGGGGUUCAUGUGCCACGACGGCGACUUCAUUUCCGGCAACGGCACCAGCGGCGGUUCCAUCUACGCCGACGUGUUCCCCAACGUAGAGCGGUCGGACCUACCGCACGACACGUGGGUCCUCACGACGGCCCACGCGAUCUCCGAGCUUCCGGAGAACCACACCGAAGGGCAGCCCUACCCCUACACCUGCGGGUCGGGCUUCUUCAUCUGCCUCCAGCCGGCCCCCUUCCUUGACGGCAACCACUGCGUCUUUGGUAAGGUUGUGUCCGGCUUUCAUGUCCUUGAAGCCAUCGAGAAUGUGGGAUCCCGCAGUGGAACCACCUCCAAGGUAGUCAAGAUCGCCGACUGCGGCGAGCGCAGUUAGUACACCCCUGGGCGCAGCAUCCGCCGCCGUUAAGUCCCUGAUCUGAGAGUUGAUCCAGUAUCAAGUUGUGGCCUUGCGAGUUGCGGUUCCUUAAAAAAAAAGUUGUUUAUCAUGUACUAGUAUUAGUCUGUCCGUAGUUUAAUCAGUAAGGUUACAUGGUGGAUCUGAGAAUUAGACUGGUAACUAACUAUGGGCGGUUGAUUUC